AUGCAAGUGCGUCAGCUACAGCCGCUUAGUCAAGGCAGCACGGAGCCCCACGGCCCGCCCGAGGGCGCGACGCGGCAGCGGAGCCCCGAGCCGCCCGCAGUGCGGCAGCGGGGGAGCGCUCGGCCCGCCCCGCGGACCCGCCCCGGUAGUGACUCACAGCCGCCUUCCGGCACCAACGGCGCGGCCCGCGCCAUCUUCCCCGCAACCAGGCCUCCUCCCCGCACCAGCGUUACCCUGAUCCGCCCCCCUCACGGCCGGCCCAGCUCUCACCGACGCGGGCUUCUGGCCACGCAGGCCCCGCCCACCAAAGCUAACGUCUCCAUCCGCCUCCCAAACCCCUCGUUUCCCCUCCUGUCCCGGCGGGGCAGCGCGGCCGCGGGCGGGACGCGCCGGGGCCGCAGCCGGAGUGCGAGGGGGAGCCCGGCCGGGGUCAAGGCGGAGCCCCCCGGGUCCGGCCUCAUCGAUGUGGGGGCGCAGAGCGGGCGCUGGGCCGCCUUCCAGGAGCGGCACCGGCUGAGCUGCGAGGAGGCGGCGCGGCUGCUGCUGGACGCGUAUGAAUACAGGGGUUUGGUGAAGCACACAGGGGGCUGUCAUUGUGGAGCCGUCCGCUUUGAGGUCUGGGCUUCAGCAGAUCUGCACGUGUUCAACUGCAAUUGCAGCAUUUGCACAAAGAAACAGAACCGACACUUCAUCGUGCCAGCGUCGCGUUUCAAGCUGCUGAAGGGUGCUGACAAUUUGACAACAUACACCUUCAACACACACCGUGCCCAGCAUACGUUCUGCAAGACCUGUGGUGUUCAGAGCUUUUAUACUCCUCGUUCUAACCCUGAUGGUUAUGGAAUUGCUCCCCACUGUCUGGAUGAUGGCACUGUGCAGACCAUUAUCACAGAGGAUAUCAAUGGCAAGGAGUGGGAGAAAGCAGUGAGGGAACAUAAGACCAUCAGAGACAUGUCAAAACCCUGACACACCCUUCAGCAGCCUUGGGAGCACUGCCAUGGAACUGCAGUCCGGGGUUUCCUGGGUGAUGGUUGGUGAAAUCAGUCUCUACAUUACUGUUACCUGUUCUCUGUUUUCUUAAAUAAAUCUUUCUACACUGAUUUUCUCA